UAAAAACUUCUUCCCGUUUUAACAAGCAGAAGCGGCGGCAAAGAUUUGUCCAGAUUAUUGUACUAUUAGCAACAGUAAAUUGUAGUGGUUGAAAUCGAAAACCGAUAAGGACAGUUUCCCCUAAAACUAAUAUGGCCGAAAACGACAAUGCUGGUAGUUCAAGAACCACCAAUCCUCUGCUUCUACGGGUGGCAGAUCAUUUAAAAGAAGAAGAAGGAAACAAAAAUCAAAGGCCCCAAGAACCAUGGCAAGCACAUUACCUGAAGAGCAUUGUCUAUGCUGGGCUGUAUUCCAUUGUCACUUCUUUUUCCCUCAUUUCUUCCAUCUCCGGCGGUCGUCUCUCUUCAGUGGAUGUUUUGGUACUGGGAUUUGCAAAUCUGGUUGCUGACGGAAUAUCAAUGGGAUUUGGGGAUUUUAUAUCGACCAGCCUGGGGAGGGACAUGGCUGAAAAUGAGAGAUCAUUGACCAAAUGGGAAGUGGCAAAUCAUCGAAGACAUGAAGAGCACGAACUGCUUCAGAAAUACAGAGACCUUGGCAUGAAUUCCGACGCCGCGGCGGUGGUGACCAUAUUAUCAACGUACAUGGACAUAUUGGUGGGUGAAAAGAUGGUAAACGAAAAGGGUAUGUUGCCACCUGACCAAUCAGCUGAUCAGAAGCCAUGGAAGAAUGGGUUGGUCACUUUCCUGGCGUUUUUAGUCUUUGGCUUUGCACCACUUUUGGCUUUCACAAUUCUGAUUCCGUUUACUCCGAAUAGUAAAAUAAAUGGAAUUGAGUCGUGUUCUGAUAGUUUGGACGUUGUAACUUUAACUAUGAGAUCAUGA